AUGGAUUUUAUGACGAAUGUUUGGAAUUACUUCACUGACUUAUUUGACUAUUUUCCUCUUACUGCUUUGGUGGACGGUCAAAUUUUUUGUCUUCAUGGUGGUCUUUCGCCUAGCAUCGACACACUUGAUCAUAUUAGGUCUUUGGAACGCUUGCAGGAGGUGCCGCAUGAAGGUUUGAAUUAUUCAAUUUUUUGGUUCAUAAGGUUCGAUUUAGGUCCAAUGUGCGAUUUGCUUUGGUCUGACCCAGAUGAUCGUGGUGGUUGGGGGAUAUCUCCUCGUGGUGCUGGUUAUACUUUUGGACAGGACAUUUCUGAGACAUUUAACCACGCAAAUGGCAUUACUUUGAUCUCACGGGCACAUCAACUUGUUAUGGAGGGCUACAACUGGUGCCAUGAUCGAAAUGUUGUUACUGUUUUUUCUGCUCCCAACUACUGUUAUCGUUGUGGAAAUCAGGCAGCUAUGGUCGAGCUUGAUGAUGAGCUCAAAUACUCAUUUUUGCAAUUUGAUCCGGCACCUCGUCGUGGAGAACCUCACGUGACUCGUCGGACACCAGACUAUUUUCUUUGA